UCAAGAACUCGCAAACCCUGGUCAAACGACCUACUUGUGUGAGUAAGUAACGCGGUAGAGUGACAAGACCGAUUCUUGUGGACAUAAACGUACAAACAUGACGAGGAUACCCGUGCGGAGAAGCGCAUUAAUUGCGCUUCUCACGACAUCGUCCGGCAACAGCGGCGAAACUAGUUUCGUAUAUGAAUUGCAAAAAUGUCUGGGUCUGGAAGAUUGCAACUUGUCAUGGUAAAUCUGAAGGAGCAUGCAAAAAUCUGUGUUGCAUGAGUGCCAAAAGCUGUCCACUUUUGACCAAGUUGGAACGAAGUCUCUCAUGCAGAAUAGGCAUGGCAGAGACCUCGCAGAGUCUGUCAUGCUAAGUCCCGCAUUCCAGACCACAUGGGUCAUGGAAAAUCUGCAUGACAAGUCUACACCCUUGCAGACCCAGACACUUUUGCAUUUGAUAUCGUCUCGGCCGCGACAGGUGCAGCUACUAGGUCUGGCAGGUCCGCUCCAUCUUCGUCCUCUAGUACCGCGAAAGUAAAAAACACCGUCAAGAAAAGCACAGCUACAUCCUAUGGAUCGCAAAAGUAUCGUACUACAACUAGUGCGGGCUGGUAAGUGCAUUUCGAAAUUUUAUUUGCUCAGCAUGAAAAAUGAAAAUCCAAUGUGCAAUUUGUGCUUGUGGUGCUGAUUUUCAUUUACUUAGUUUUAGUCUGAGAGAUUGUCAUGCAUAAGUGCACUUGCUAGUGCAAGUGCUACAAGUGCGAUACUUUUGCACAGGAUACGCCCGCAGUAUCAACAUCAGCACUGGAGGCGAAGAGCAAGGCCGAGAAACUCGUGAAGUCGAAAACUACAAUGCACUUGGAGCUCUCCAGCGAGGACAACAAGCAGGAAAGCGGCACAAAGAACCAUGUUGUCGACGAAGGAGACGACGCUGAGGAGGAAGGAGAUUCGAAAACCGCCCUGACAUCGACGAAAUCGGCAACGACAGCAGGGAAAAAGACCCACGAGGAGGCGAAGGCAGAUCAUGCGCAAAAAACGAAGAAAAAGGCGGGCGGAAAGGCAGAGCUGAAGGCGGUCGCGGCAAGGCGGACGAAAGACAGCGGGUUUCAAAUGGGCGGCCUGGACUAUAACCACCCUUGGACGAAUCUUGGUUAUCCUGCGGACAAAAACUACAAGAGGGUGUUGGGUUUCGUGUACCAGGACGCCCAGUACAGCAACGAUUACGCUCUUCCAAGUACUACUUGCACUCUUCCUAUUGUGUUUUUCUUUUUGAUGAUUGUGAUUCUGGUUUCGCGAAAGGGAAAAAGGUACGUUCAAGUCAUAACAUACGAGGUCGUGUAGUAUGUUCUCUCACGUGCGUAUAAUUUGUGUGUGCUUGUUAUAUAAAAAUCCUGGGCUACACACUCACACAGCGGAGGCCUCGGAGGACUUCAUAAUGGCACCCCACAUGGUCACGGCUACUAUGAACACGAUCCGCGCCAACAACCAGGGUGACAACUUCGACGCGCUCAACCCCAUGUUCAUCCAGGAACAGAACGGGGAAAAUACAGCAGUGUCCAACGACGCGCUUCGAACAUCGACUAUCCUGACUGAUGCCAACCAGUGCAGAAAGCCCCAAGUGUGCGUUUUUGUGCGUGGGUUCGUUGCCACUAUGUCGUCCGCACAGAGACCACAAGCCAUAGCUGACUCCACCCUGGUGAACACGUUCGACCCGAUCGGCGCAAGUGGUGGAACCCCCGGCCGCGAAGAAAAGUGUUGCGAUAUAAGUUUAUUUGUAAUGACGUUUUUAUCUAGCAGAGUUAAUCAUCAUCAUGGUAGUACCGCAGACAAAGUGUAUUGUCGUUGAAUCAAUUGCGCCGAGGAAUAGAACAUCACUAGCAUUGAACGAGCAUUCGAGACACUGACUGGUAAAUACAACUAACACAGCGAUGCAUUGAAAAAUUCAGGUGGCCGUUUGCUGCGGCAGCACGGGUUGGAGCCGCAACGACAAGCCAGCCUGGUGUGAAACCGACAUGGACCGCCACUUUUAGAGCUGGACCUCUGCGACUGAAGAUGAUCCGAAUGUAUGCCUGCAAAUUUCUCGAAGCUGAUGCCACGGAGGUCGCCACACUCGAUGGUAUUGUUGAUGUAGUUCAGUACAAGCACACGGCACCGCCGCGAGAGCUGCUGGUGGGCCUUUUUCUUUUUGUUUCGUCAUCAUACAACUACAUGACUAGAACGUUGUAUGUAGCGGUUUGAGCGAGAGCGCAUCAGAUAUCGAGAUAUGUAAUUAUAUGUAGUGAGGUCACCGAACGGUUCUAACCGGGGAGUUUUUUUGCCACCCAGACAGCAAAACGACCGGCAGUUUUCAAGCGGGCGAGAGUGUUUUUUGACAAAAAAGAUUUUCAAUUAUCAAGCGGCCGGGGCGUUUGCGGCAAAAUAGCCCGGGCGGAUUCUAUCGAUUCCCGCGGGAUAAAACGACGCAGGGGAGCCGGCAAAAGGGGCGCCCUUCUGAGGCGUCCGGCGCACCUAUUUCCGUCGAUUUGGGGCGCCCAAAGAGGGACGCCGGAAAAAUGCGAAGACGGCCAAACCCAAAGCUUCGAAUCCGCAUGCUAUGGGGACCAUUUUUGGCCACUUUUCGAGGUCGCAAAGACGGCCACCAAAAUCGGGCAUUUGUAAUGCGGGGAGCAAUCCAAAAAGUGCGACUCUUCAACAAAAAAAAACAAAAAGCGGAAGGCCCGCCAAAAUCUUAAAGCCAAUCCGCAUGCUAUGAGCCCGAUUCUGGGGGCCCAUGGGGCCGGGCUUGGUGGAGGCCCUGGGGUGGCUAUAGCAUGCGGGAAAGCGUUGCGACUCAGUAGGCGGCAGGGGCGCGGUUUUUCAACAUAAAAACCCAAUGGACGCGAAUCCCGCCAAAAGCAGCAAGCCAGCCCGCAUGCUAUGGGUAUGGGCCCGAUUUGGGGGGGCCACAGGGCCGACCCUGGCGGAGGCCCUUUUGGGGCCAUAGCGUGCGAGGAAGUGUUUCUCCUCUAAAGGACCGGCGUCGUCCAGGCAAAAAAACCCCGCGCGCCCUCACUACCCCCGCCUCGGCGGCUAUAUUUGGUAAAGCACUUACUAAGACUAUACUAACCUCAUGAAUGUGUAUGUGAUCGCGAAGAUGAUUUGGCUGCAGACAGUAGAACGAUGCCUGUGUAUACUGUAGUUUCUCAGCUCAGAAAGCUGAUCUCGUCUUCUUUCAUUAUUCAAACGCUGCAGCUGCACCGCUAUCGUGCCACAUCUCCGAACAUACAGGUGCGACGGUGCGACUAUUGCUAGUAGACGACACGACAGAAGACAUUGCCACCCUCUCUACCAGUAGCGCAGAUGCAAAUAAAGUGCCACCGCAAGUGAUGGUCAAUGUGUUUCCGACGGCCAGCGACGACACCACUGCCAAGAGUCUGUCGGACGUCUACAAGCUCAAGAGCGGAGACACCCCAAAGUUGGUCAAAGCCAUCACGGUGGAAGGCGCGGAGGGCACCGGCUUGGCUAUUUGCGGGGUCGAGAUUCGUGUGAUGAGUACUUCCUUUCUUGAUGUCGGGCGGCGGGUUUUGCUUUAUUUGUCACGACAGUAAUUCACCGUUAGAAGUACAGGAACAGGUCAUCAUGAUUUAAACGUGAAAUGAGUGCUCUUUUCCUGUCAUGGUCAUGCAUCAUACUCGCAUACAUUAAGUACAAUGAAGAUUAUGAAAUGAAGUCUCGUAUGAACAUGAUCCCGCGUGCUGUCCUACUCUUCAGAUCAAAAAUGAACUGCAAGCAGAAGCACAAACGACACCACAGAACUCCCAAGGAGUGCCAAGAUGGACAUCACAAAAACCGAUAUUGCGAGCCCCCAAGACGUUGGGGGAGGGGCCGCGGAGCGUUACCAUGUGGAACAGUGUACCAACCAUGACAAGCAAACUACACACAUACAUAGUGCUUUGCUUCUUCAGCGUUAAGACAAACGUCGACUCUUUCCGCUUCGCAUUGUUUGCUUGCGGUCUUUAACCAGCACGCACUACUUCUCCGUCGAACAGCUUCACGUAAGAACCGUCACUUGCCAGUUUGUUUUCCUUCAUCUCGUCCCAAACCCAACAUCUUCAUCACACGAAAAUACAGAGAAAUAAGUGCUGCUGUCCUUGUCGUCUAUCGUGCACGCACCACACGGAUGCAAACGUACACUAUGUUGGUAUGAUAUGCGUUCGUUUCUUGGGAAUGGGUACACUUUUUCCUAUGGUAAAACGGUUGUGAUCGAGGCGAGCUUGACCAAAAUGAGGGAUCCAUCCACUGACGCAAGCGUUCCUUCGCCGCUUUGGUCCAUAUGCUGUGGAAAAGACGAAAGCCCGUCUGUGUGAUAACCACUGCGUUUGCAAAUACGAACGCGGGCAGUUGGCUAGCUUUCAAUUAUCCGUGCUCGCGACUUUUUUUUGAUGUGAUCAUGGAUGCUGUAGACACGAGUUGUAAGUACUUAAAAAAAAGAUACGAUUUUUUGCUGAUCAGAGAUGAUAUUGAAUAUUAUUGGUUAUCACACUUACGACAACUUUGCGAUGCAUGAAACAGAACCUAUAAUGCUACGUACGGAACCUACUACGUGAAUCCGUUUUCGUCAAUUUACACCCUGGGCAACAUCUACACUGAGGGAAUGGGGGACAAAUUUGUACAUUUUUUAUUUGAUUUUCAUUUGGAUGAAUAUUCUAUGACGAACAUGAGCAUUUAUUUCGACCGUGGAUGAAAUUGAAAAUUUGCAAAUGUACUAUCUUUAUGUACUAUCUUCCAUUUAUUUUUCUUGUCCAUGCAAGAUCAUUGAUUUAUCUCCACAUGAUCAAAAUCAUUGGUUUCAAGACGGAUUGGUAAUCAUUUUUAUUUUUCAUCACAGAAAUUGACGGACGCGAGUGGAAAUGCGUACGAGCUCGAAUACACCGGCGCGACUCACCCUUUGCAAUCUGUUGCAACACAACCUAUGUACAUCAGUGCCAAAACCAUCGAAAUGUUGGAUCCGAGUGGUAUGCAUUGCAAAAGUAUCGUACUACUGUAAAUUCCGUCACUAAUUUUGGCAAGAGGAAAAGUGAGAGUUGUCAUGUUGAUUGGAGCUUGCUUCGGGUUGGCUUGGGGUUGGGAGUACUAUAUGAGUGCAAUCUAUAUGAUUUGUAGAAACGACAACGAGUACUAUACUUUUGCCGGGGAUAAAUGGCGACGGCCUGCUAUUUGACGUCGAGGUCAUCACCGACAACCGCGCCUCAUGUAAUUCCACUACUCCGACCGCCGUUUGUGCCGGCCUCAGUACCGGCGGGCUGGUGAGCAAGGUGUUUUCCGCUUAUCCAUUGCAAAAGACUCGUACUAAUUGUAAUCAUGCACCAUGAAAUAUCCGGCGUCCUACUUGGAUCAUCUGAUUGACAAAUUCCAAUUUUCCUCUUGAGCAAAUUGAUCAAGAAAAUUGUACGAACUGUGAUGUUUUUGCAUUGCAUAAAGCUAACGCGGCCAAUAUCCCGUGCGCCUCGGCCUACGGAACGACCCAGCAGCCCGGAACGAGUCCCAACGUGUGCACCGCCCUGGACGCCGCCGUGUGCUGCGUGACACCGCAACUUUGCCGCACGAGUGGCGUCGCAGUCUUCAACGACACCAAGGCCACCGAGACUCUCGUGUACUCCCUCGUGAACGCCCAAACCGCAAUCAACGACCCUAACACAGUGGACGUAGUAAUGGACGGAACCUGUACGUUCGGGGGAUCCGACUGCACCCUGGCAGACGACCGCAGCACGUGCGUGCAGAACAAGCAGACGUGCUUGGAUGCCAAGACGGAGUGGGAAAACUGGGCGUCGGCAACGGGUAACGCAGUUACCGACCCCUGCGCCAUGAUCGACAGCACCUACGCGAUGUCGCAGGCAGCCGAGGCGAGUACCUGCAAGGGCGAAAAGUGCUUUCUCUAUCAGUAUGCAUGGCAAGAAGAGCAUCGUCCUUACCGUACAUAAUCUACACCAGCCGCGCAUGACUACAAACUCGCCCAAAAGCAGAAAUGGAUACAUGUGCGAUGCUGAUUCAGCUAUGAAUCCUAUUCCUGAUUUUGAGAGGCGAGCUGACCGGUUCCUGUCAUGCUCAUUCAGCGUGAUUGUUAUUGUAGCUGUUCUGCAAUAGAAACUUAUAACCACGGUUACGGGUGCGAUGCUCGUUAUUUUUUUGCAAAGGAUAGAAGGCGCGUGACGACCAUGCUGGGGAAGACCAGCAGCGACCUCGGAACCUACGUCCACACUUCGUACACAACUGACGAUGAUGACCUGAACACCUGUUGCGCGCAGAUGGGGGGCUCCACUGCGGAGGUGAAGCUUUCGCUCGGAGACACGGCCACCGACGCCGAUCUCAGCGCCUUCUGUACCGGGAUGCAGACCGAGCUGACCAAUAUCCUGUGCAAAAGUAUCGUACUCGUACUGAUUGCAGGCGUUACCAUGUAUCAAGACAAAUCUCUUUCGAACGGUAAAUAUUCAGCACUAUAAUUUCAACCUGAAGAUAACUGUAUCUCUAGAUGCAAAUGCAAUUACUUCUAAGUAUUACCACCAGUGCGAUACUUUUGCAACGCAUAGCUACGCAGGCACAGCAAGUCGACGCUGCCGCUCAGAUUCGCGUUACGGGUACGUUCGACGCCACCACGAUCACCGCCACGACUACGUUAGUCAUGAUGCUGCUGAACGCCGAGGAAACGGAAGUCCAGAAGCAUGCCAGCGACAAGAAACACAACAAGAAGACGGACAAAAAACAGAGUGCCGGAGGGGCCGCAACCAUCGACAUUACCGCCUUCAGCACGCAGGAAUCCGUGAUGACCACCGUCGUGGCCAACCCAGACAUCAUAAAACAAGUUGUGGCUACAUACGCGAUGUAAAAAUUAUGAUGCCCCUGCCCGAAAGCGAAAAUGAAAAAAAUCACUUAUCUGCAUCGAUCAGAACGUCCGUGCGUGAUUGAUCUCUACUGUGUUGAAGAAGUUGCGCAACUUACAAGCCAAGUUGCCGCAUGAUGUUGAGAACGCGCGACGUUGAUGUUCUUACAACCAAAUUACUUGUCACGCAGUACAUUCAAUGAGUCCCCCAACACGAAUUUGUGAUAGUUUGCGGCGGAGGUACUAUAUUUUCAUUCCAUAUUACCGCAGCGACAAACAUCACGGGCGUGCUAUCCUGUGCAAAACGAGAAUUAUCGUACCCGAACAUAAAAAGUGCACCAGUCUUGCAUUGUGACAGGUCUUCCUAAAGCAAAUCGAAAUCAGCGUUGCAAAUAAUUUUAUUUGUCGUGCAAGUGAUACUCGUACGAUUCUUAUUUUGCGAUGCAUACCUGACGGUCGACCCCACCACCAUCACAGUGGAAGAGACGCUGAACAGCUGCCAGGGGACCCAAGCUUCGGUAUCCUGAGUAAAAGGACUACACACAUCACUUGCACUCCACAGAUAGUCAAGAGCGGAACUCAGCACGACAAAUAAUCCAGAAGCAGAAGGUUUGUGAGAAACGCGGUGUACUAGCCGUGGUUCUGAAGCUGCGUCAACACAAAUCGGCUGUCUCGUGCUGAUUCGAGCAUAACAAAUUCCAAAGCACGAGUGUUGGAAAAUAACUUUUCUUGUGCUCUUAGGGCUGUAAAAUUAAGAGAAACACCCUGAGUCGACGUCUGCCGAUUUGUGUCACAAUUGUCAAGUCGUGGAGAGUAGGUUUUUACGCAGGAUAUGGGGACCAGACCAAAAACCCGAGCGAUCCUGCGGUGGUCCCGGCAAACCUGCAGGUGGCGCUGGAUCUCCUCUCCACGAUCGCGUUUGGGCCGGAUCGGACGAAGCUGAAGAAGGAGCUCUUAUCCCGUGCAAAAGUAACGUACUCGUAGUAAAUUGCAUUUAUGCAUUACAAAUCUUUUUCUCAAGGCAAAUCAGCAUUACAAAUUCCAUUUGUAAUGCUGAGGAAAUAUUUGUAAUGCGAUUUCUACUAGUAUGAUGCUUUUGCAGUUCAUAGCUCUUCUGCAUGGACAACAAGGUGCAGUACACCAUGAUCGACAACGCUAUGGGAGUGUCAGGAUUGAUGAAAUCGACAAAGUUGAAACAAUAACAACUUGUAAUGCAUAAAAUCGAUACCAAUUGGACCCACAGUUUCUAGUCGGUGCAUGACAAAUUUUGUCCCUACAGGAGGCCUGUUCUUUGUCAUGCUGUUUCUUUAGGGCGAAGGGGCUCCCCUCUGUGAUGCUAAUCAGCAGCCCAAUGCCCGACCAUUACCACCAGCACCACAAUCUGCCUCCCUUGCGUCCUCUGCAAUAGAGGCAGUUUCUGCAUUGCAUUUUAUGCAUGACAAACUAUUUUAUUUUCAACUUUGACGAUUUCGAUCCUGACGCUUCCAUAAACGCAAUCAAGGCCAUCAUGGGCCAGUUCUCUGCCAACGCCGACAUUUUGGCGACGACGGGCAUUGCGGCGCGCUGAAGGUGAAAUUAUAGCGGAGGGGAUUCAUGCUCAUCUUCGAGGGAGGUGAAGGUGGGAUGAAAAUUUUGCCAUCCUUGCUUAUCCAUCUAGCGUUAUGACUAUGAUAAAGACUUCAACUUCUAGAGCGCCGCCGAAGGAGAAGGGUCAUCGGCAUCAUCAAAUAUCCGUUUCAUCCGUUUUCUUUGCAAAGGUAUAGAUUUAGAUUUAGAUUCAGUUUGGUUGAGCAUCUUCGUCUUCCAUUGAUUUGUUUCCAAGAAAAAAGUAUGCGAGUUGACCGUUUCCUUUUACAUCUGCACAGAAACAGAAAGAAGACUGUGAAAUUAAAUAAUAUAUCAGACAGCACUACAACUUCGUAGGUUUCGAUUUUUUAGAACUUUCAUAUUAUAUUUCGAUUUUUUAGAACAGCAACAGUGACAGUAUCAAGAAACGAGGCCCAGCAUUUGUGAAUAUGAUAUUGAAGGAAGGCAGAAAACCGUUUCGAAUGAAACUUCCACUUACUAUCUCUGCUGGCAUCCUUCGUUUUUUUUUUUCGAAAAACGUAAGGCUGAGUAAGUUAUUUUAUUUUCAUCACUGGUACGUAGUACCGAGCAAUUCUUUUUAUACAAAUACAAAUGACCCAGGUGGAAGAUUGACACUGAUGAGGACAACUACAUCGCAUGGCAUCAUGACGGUUAUGAUGUACAAAAAGAAAAACCAAAAGUACCUGUACCUCCUGUGCAAAACGAAAUACACAUGACCAGCGCGAUGAGCUUCGGGCUCAAUCACUAUGAUGAUCACUUUGAUCAUGAUGCGGCAAGCAUGAAAGCUAGCAUGAAUGCCCAUGAAAUAAGUGUCUGCCAUUUUUUUUCCACUUUCGC